CAGGUUCUUCACCCAUUACCCAUACUGCUACGGCUACUGGAAGAAGUACGCGGACCUUGAGAAGCGCCACGAGAACGUCAAGCAGUCUGAUGAGGUAUGUAGGUAGUUGGGCACAGCUCUUGCCAUUGCUCCUGUUGGCCAAAAAAUGACUAAGCUCCCACAAGUCAUUUGGCUGCCAGUGCCUGCCAGGUUGGUAGGAGUUUGGUGUGCACGUGUCACCCCUGUGGCAUCUGUAGCUAAUGUUUUUUCUCUUUGUUGGCAGGUGCGUUAAACCUCUACAGUUUGUCAAGCUUUGCAGUGCAAGCCCUCUGUAAAUUACACUGCAGCUUAACAAGUAGGGCAGGGCUUUUCUCUCACUUCCCUUUGUUCCUCAUUUUUUCACAACAAUAGAGUUGGUUUUUUUUUCUAUUCUUUUUUUCUUUUUUUUCUUGUUUUAUUUUUUUGCUGGUCACAAUUGCUCCAUCUCUAUUGCAUUUUUGGUCAGACGCUGUCAAUGAUGCUCUAAUGGGUCUGUGCCCUAUGGUCUGUACCCCAAAGCCUGCCCACACAACCUGGUCAGAAUGCAGGGACCGCUGCGCUUUGAAGAUCAAGACUCUGCACGUGGAGAUCAGAACAUUGCCAUGUUCUAUCCAACCUCCACCCAAAUGGUUUAUCGCAGAGGGCUGCAGGCCAUUCCUCUUAGUGUUGAUCUCUGGAUACAUUAUAUAAACUUCCUCAAGGAGACCUUGGACCCUUCUGAUCCUGAGACCAACAGCACCAUCCGAGGAGCCUACGAGCAUGCAGUGCUGGCUGCAGGGACAGAUUUCCGCUCCGACCGGCUCUGGGAGAUGUACAUAAACUGGGAGAACGAGCAGGGCAACCUGAGGGAGGUGACCUCCAUCUAUGACCGUAUCCUUGGCAUCCCAACGCAGCUCUACAGCCAUCACUUCCAGAGGUUUAAGGAACACAUCCAGAACAACCUGCCUCGAGACUUCCUGACUACGGAGCAGUUUGUGCAGCUGCGCAGAGAGCUUGCCUCAGUCAACGGCCACAGUGGGGAGGAGGCGCAGCCAGGAGAUGACCUGCCCUCUGGGACUGAAGACAUCACUGACCCUGCCAAGCUGAUCACUGAGAUAGAGAACAUGAGGCACAGAAUCAUUGAGAUUCACCAGGAGAUGUUUAACCACAACGAACACGAAGUCAGUAAGAGGUGGACCUUUGAGGAAGCGAUCAAGAGGCCUUACUUUCAUGUCAAACCUCUGGAGAAAAUUCAGCUGAAAAACUGGAAAGAGUACUUAGAGUUUGAGAUAGAGAAUGGCACUCACGAGCGGGUCGUGGUCCUCUUUGAGAGAUGUGUUAUUUCAUGUGCCCUCUAUGAGGACUUCUGGAUUAAGUAUGCCAAAUACAUGGAGAAUCAUAGUAUUGAAGGAGUGAGGCAUGUCUACAGCAGGGCUUGCACAAUACACCUGCCUAAGAAACCUAUGGUUCACAUGCUGUGGGCAGCCUUUGAGGAGCAGCAGGGCAACAUCGACGAAGCCAGGCGGAUCUUGAAGAGCUUUGAGGAGUGCGUUCUAGGGUUAGCCAUGAUCCGCCUGCGGAGAGUCAGCCUGGAACGCAGGCACGGCAACAUGGAAGAAGCUGAGCACCUGCUGGAAGAGGCUAUGAGGAAUGCCAAGUCCAUGACUGAAUCCUCCUUUUAUGCCAUCAAAUUGGCUCGGCACCUCUUCAAAGUACAGAAAAACCUUCCAAAGGCAAGAAAAGUGCUGUCAGAAGCCAUAGACAUGGACAAAGAAAACACAAAGCUCUAUCUCAACUUGCUGGAAAUGGAGUACAGUGGUGACCUCAAGCAAAACGAGGAGAACAUCUUGAGCUGCUUUGAUAAAGCUGUCAACGGGGCACUCUCCAUUAAAAUGAGGAUUACAUUUUCACAGAGGAAAGUGGAAUUUCUGGAAGAUUUUGGUUCUGAUGUAAACAAGCUUCUGGACGCAUAUGAUGAACACCAAGCACUUCUGAAGGAGCAGGACUCUUUGAAAAGGCGAGCAGAAAAUGGAUCAGAAGAGCCAGAUGAAAAGAAAAUGCUCACGGAUGACCCAGCUCUGGCAUCAGCACAGAUGAUGGAUGGAGACAUGCAAGUCAACCAGGCAGCCUACAACUACAAUGCCUGGUACCAGUACAACUACCAGAACGCCUGGAAUUAUGGACAGUAUUACCACCCAACUUGAUCCCAAGAGCAGCUGGAGCUCACCAUGCUGCAGCUUCAACCAAGAUGGAAUAAAAAUAAUAAUUAACAAAAAAAAUUCUAUUUUUCUAAGUGGGGGCUGUGAAAGGACUGUUGUCAUAGCUGCUUUUUGGUCUUCUGCAUGUGAAAGGAGCUGAUGUUCACAGGGUAUGUGUGCAGUAACUGCUCAGUGGUAUCUCUGUCCAACUCUAGUUCCAUCAACCCAUUGGUUUUGUUAAUUCCCUGUGCUAAUUGAUGGAGAGACCUGAGGAGUUCAAUCCUGUCAGGAUUCCAUAGAUUGAGCUGGUGAAGCUGUAGGGCUUUGGUGUCUCCUCAGACUGCUGCAGGACACGAGCGGGUUGGGACAGCAUUGCGACCUGCACUAUGGCGAGAUGUCCUCCGUGUCCUGCUGCAACUACCGACCUGCUUUUUGUUGUCACCACGGAAGCUCCUCACAUUUGAAGGCAACCUCUGCCAGCUGCUUCUCUUCUCCAUGAGGAUCAGAGAGGAAGAGGCCGUGCAAAAAAAAAGAUGUUCUUUUAUAAAGCACAAAUGGUGUCCGAGGGGAGUUUUGUAUCUGGAGUUUUUCAUGUACACAGUGUGUGAGCAAACAUUUGUGUUGGGUUUGUUUUUUCAUUUUGAUCAAAGUGAUCAUUCCCAUUUUUUGUAAUAAAAGCAAGGAAUUCAGUA